CAAGCCCAGCCAAGCCACGAUCCCUUCUCCUUUUGCUUCCUGGCAACAUUCACUGCAAGGGUUAAAUUGCAAUCCGGAUUCCGAGAGAGGCUCGUGGGAGGGUGGCGGAGGCGGCUAAAUUGGGGCGGCCCCUCCCUGCGCAGCCCCCACACCUCCCUCCAAACCUCCCCAACACCCCUCCCCGCAGCAUGAGUGGUCUCCUCCAAGAUGGCUUGGGUAUGGCCCCCACUCCCCCCAAUCCAGACAUUUCUUGCCUUAAGAAAGAAGAAGAAACGGAAGAAGAGGAAACAGAUCAUUCGAGUUAUGCUGAGGUCUGCUCUCCAAAGAUGGAAGAGGAAGACUCAGAUAUCCCUGAAACAGGAAGAUGCCCUGAAGCCUCCCAAAAUGAAAACAGAGAGGGAUUCUGCGAAAGAAAUGGUCAAAAAAUCCUGGGUGUGGACAACACCAACUUAGAAGUAUGGCACCAGCACUUCAGGGAGUUCUGCUACCAGGAAGCCAGAGGUCCCCAAGAGGUUUGCAGCCAAAUCCACAACCUUUGCAACAGUUGGCUGCAGCCAGAAAGACACACAAAAGCUCAGAUCGUGGACCUGGUGGUCCUGGAACAGUUCCUGACUGUCCUGCCCCCAGAGAUGGCGAGAUGGAUCAGAAAACAUGGUGCAGAGACCAGUUCUCAGGUCAUGGCCCUAGCAGAAGGCUUCUUGAGUCUGGAAGAAGGCAAGAAAGAAGAAGAGCCACAGGGUCUGGUGACAUCUGAAGGGAUGGCUGCAUGUUGCACAGAGCAGGAGGGGACCCUGCUGCAUCCAGACCAAAGGGCCCUGCACAGGAAUGCUGGAGAACUGGGGGAAUGUGGCCUCCUUGGGAUGGGUUCCCCACUCCCUCAGAUCCAGGGACUUCUUGCCUUGAAGGAGGGGAAAAGGUUGGCAGAAGAGGAAGGACACUCAAGUGGUGUUGCAGGCUGCUCUUCCAAGAUGGAAGAGGAAGACCCAGCUAACCCUGAAGCAGGAAGAUGCCCUGAAGCUGUCCAUGCUAAGAGCAGUGAGGGAUUUUGGGAAAGAACCAUGCGGAAGAUGCUGGAUGAGGACACCAGCAGCUCAGAUCGGAAGUGCCAAAUACUCAGGCAGUUCUGCUACAGGGAGGCCGAGGGACCCCAAGAGGUUUUCAGCCAACUCUACAAUCUUUGCCUUCAGUGGCUGAAGCCAGAAAGCUGUACAAAAACUCAAAUUGUGGACUUGGUAGUACUGGAGCAGUUCCUGACUGUCCUGCCCCCGGAGAUGGAGAGCUGGGUCAGAGAAUGUGGAGCGGAGUCCAGUUCCCAGGCAGUGGCCCUGGCCGAAGGUUUCCUCCUGAGCCAGGCUGGGGAUAUAAGGCAGGAAGAGCAGGAGACUCCGGUGACCUUGGAUGAAGUAGCUGUGCCUUUCCCCAAGGAGAAGCAGGCUGUGCUGGACCCAGCCCCAAGAGAUCUGCACGCAGAAGCCUUGCUGGCAUACUCGGGGACUGAGGUCUCUUUGGUACGUGCUGGAAGGAAGAGCCAGAAAGAAGAUGGAAAGUGCAUGAAAACGGGAGCAAAGCUGAGGCCAGGGAAGAAACUGGUUCCUUCUGGAGAGGGUGCUAUGCACAAAGUCCAACAGGACUCCAAAACAAGUGAGACACAAUAUAUAUGCUCAGAAUGUGGAAGGAGCUUUAAGGGCAAGAGAGGUCUUGUAAUACAUUUGAGAAUCCAUCCACAUUCAAAGCCACAUAUCUGCUCUGAGUGUGGAAUGAGCUUUAGUCAGAUGAACAAACUUAGUACACAUCAACGAAUUCACAUAAUGGAGAAUACAGUGAGGGAAGCAAGCAAUCCCUCAGCUUCCAAACUCACCACCAUGCCCAAGACCAAAGAGCUGUCGAAGGAUGUCAGGGACAAGGUUGUAGACCUGCACAAGGCUGGACUGGGCUACAAGACUAUCGCCAAGCAGCUUGGUGAGAAGGUGACUACAGUUGGCACAAUAAUUCGCAAAUGGAAGAAACACAAAAUAACUGUCAAUCUCCCUCGGUCUGGGGCUCCAUGCAAGAUCUCACCUCAUGGAGUUGCAAUGAUCAUGAGAACGGUGACAAAGCAGCCCAGAACUACACGGGGGGAACUUGUCAAUGAUCUCAGGGCAGCUGGAACCAUAGUCACCAAGAAAACAAUUGGUAACACACUACGCCGUGAAGGACUGAAAUCUUGCAGUGCCCACCUCCAUGGGGAUAGAUCCAUGAGGUAGAUCUGCCAUUCCCAAGCAAGAAGUUUGUAAAUGUCUCAACUCAUUCAUUUCACGUGACAUAUUGAUGGUAUGGUAAUAUUCCAUGCUCCCUGAUUCUUCAAGUGUUGAGAAGCUCAAGGAGCUGCACAAAAGGUUUUAGAGUGUGUGUCUUUGUGCAAUGCUGGCAUAUUUGCAAAUCUACAUAAAGUGCUGGGGAAGAGCAGGCAGGUGCCAUGACAGACAGGGCGUGUUCUCAAAAAAACCCAGCACAGCUAUCCAUGGCCCCAGUAAGGUUCUUCCUUCCAACCAUUAGCAGAAUAUAGACCUCUUUCCCCAAGCCGGCUCCCUUGCAUCUCCCCAAACUGUUUUGUAGCCUCCUCAGUCUUGGCUCAUUGAAGAAACAUUUUUAGCCAUUAAAAAAACUGCUCUAGAAAGAGCAGCUGACUUUCACUGACUCUCCACACAUCCUUAUAUUUUUGUUGCAUGUUGAGCUUUUUAGAUCGAAUGUGCAUUAAAGAUAUGACAUUUAUUGGUUUGUCAAAGUUCUUACUUUAUAUAUUACCUUACUAAUUUCUGUCUAUAGUAUAUAAAUAUAUAUAUAUUACUGUACUAACUACUAACUCUAAUAAAUGCAUAUUUAUGUUGA